CAUUAUCUCUCAAGUGUUAUUGUUUCUCGACCGAUACAGGUAAUGUGAUUAAUACAGCAGAUGAUAUAAAGCGAUUAAGCCCAGAUAGAGAGAAGAAAAUUGUAUGCCCGAAUAUGACGGAGACAAGCAAAUCUUUCCAAAACAACAUCCUGUUGUGUCCGAAUCAUACAUGUGGUGACAUUGGAGAGAGCAUAUUUUGCACAUCUUGUGGUUACCAGGGUUACCAGAUAGUACCGAUUACAAAGGUAUCUAGUACCGGUUCUGGAAUCGAUGACAAUAAACCAACUUCUUCUGAACAGUUAAUAAAGACAAAAAGGUUUUAUGAAACUUCUGGUGCCAUGGUCAAUAAACAACGGCUGAAACCUGAUUUUUGCAACUUCUGUGAGCGUGUUCUUGAGACUGGGUCAAGAUUUUGCCACAACUGUGGUGAAAAAGUACAAUUUUCAGAAAGCACAGAAGUCUUUCUUUGUGGCGCCAUCAAGGAUGACGGAUCCACCUGCUAUGAAGAGGUGAAAGAAACACAAUUGUUUUGCAAAACUUGUGGUGCAAAGGUCGACAGGAAAGGAUUUAAACCGGGUAUUUGUAAUUUCUGUCAGUGUGUGCUUGAGUCUGGAUCCAAAUUCUGUCGGAAUUGUGGUGAAAAAACUCCAGGGGCUGGAAUCGCAGACGUCUUUCUUUGUGGAGCCAUCAAGGAUAACGGAUCCACCUGCUAUGAAGAGGUGAAAGAAACACAAUUGUUUUGUAAAACAUGUGGUGCGAAGGUUGACAGAAAAAGAUUUAAACCGGAUAUUUGCAAUUUCUGUCAGUGUGUUCUUGAAUCUGGAACCAAAUUCUGUCAGAAAUGUGGUGAAAAAACACCGGGGGCUAGAAUCGCAGAAGUAUUUCUUUGUGGCGCCACCAAGGAAAACGGAUCCACCUGCUAUGAAGAGGUAAAUGAAACACAAGCAUUUUGCAAAACAUGUGGUGCGAAAGUCGACAGGAAAAGAUUUAAACCGGGUAUUUGUAAUUUCUGUCAGUGUAUGGUUGAGUCCGGAUCCAGAUUCUGUCAGAAAUGUGGUGAAAAAACUCCGGGGGCUAGAAUCGCAGAAGUAUUUCUUUGUGGCGCCAUCAAGGAUAACGGAUCCACCUGCUAUGAAGAGGUAAAUGAAACACAAGCAUUUUGCAAAACAUGUGGUGCGAAAGUCGACAGAAAAAGAUUUAAACCGGAUGUUUGUAAUUUCUGUCAGUGUAUGGUUGAGUCUGGAUACAGAUUCUGUCAGAAAUGUGGUGAAAAAACACCGGGGGCUAGAAUCGCAGAAGUAUUUCUUUGUGGCGCCAUCAAGGAUAACGGAUCCACCUGCUAUGAAGAGGUAAAUGAAACACAAGCAUUUUGCAAAACAUGUGGUGCGAAAGUCGACAGGAAAAGAUUUAAACCGGGUAUUUGUAAUUUCUGUCAGUGUAUGGUUGAGUCUGGAUCCAGAUUCUGUCAGAAAUGUGGUGAAAAAACUCCGGGGGCUAGAAUCGCAGAAGUCUUUCUUUGUGGCGCCAUUAAGGAGGACCAAUCCACCUGCUAUGAAGAGGUUAAUGAGACACAAAUGUUUUGUAAAACUUGUGGUGCGAAGGUCGACAGGCAAAGAUUUAAACCGGAUAUUUGUAAUUUCUGUCAGUGUGUGCUUGAGUAUGGAUCCAGAUUCUGUCAGAAUUGUGGUGGAAAAACACCGGUGGCUAGAAUCGCAGAAGUCUUUCUUUGUGGCGCCAUCAAAGAUGACCGAUCCACCUGCUGUGAAGAGGUGAAAGAAACACAAGUGUUUUGCAAAACAUGUGGUGCGAAGGUUGACAGACAAAGAUUUAAAUCGGGUAUUUGUAAUUUCUGUCAGUGUGUGCUUGAGUCUGGAUCCAGAUUCUGUCAGAAUUGUGGUGGAAAAACACCGGGGGCUAGAAUCGCAGGUACGGAGAGAAAGGCAGUGGAUAAUCUGAAUAAAUUAAACUUAUAUAGAGAGACGAGAACCACAUGCACGACUAUGACAGGUGCAUGUAAUGUAAUUCCUGAGCCGAUAGAGACGUCAAAGAAAGAUUCCCGCCGUUACAUGAAUAAAACACAGUUGAGAAAUGGCGUUAAACCGAAAACAAACAAACUCUUCAGAGAUUCCUAUUCUGGACCGGGUUUAUCUGCCAAUGAAAAAAAAAGAAUGGAAACCGCAGCACAGGGUGGUAUUUCAAAGGUAAAAGAGUAUUUAGAAGCUAGAAAUAAUGAGUGGAAAAAUAUUCCAUUACAUAUUGCCCUAACUGGAAGCUCCGGAGUUGGUAAAUCAAGUUUCAUAAAUGCAUUGCGCGGCAUAAAGAAGGGGCAAAAAGGGUUCGCUGAAGUUGGUGUAACUGAAACAACAUCAAAAGUCACGUGUUACCCUCAUCCCAGAAACGAAAGCUUUGUAUUUUGGGAUAUGCCGGGAGUAGGAACACCCAAUUACCCCAAGAAGAAUUACUUGAAAGCAAUAGGGUUUGAGAAAUACGAUUUUUUUCUCAUACUUACAUGUGGGAGGUUCACUGAAAAUGAUCUGUGGUUAGCAAAUCAAGUAAGAACUCAAAAUAAGACGUUCUACUUUAUCCGCACAAAAGUCGGCGUUGAUGUUUAUAAUGCGCGAAUGACUGAUCCAAAAGCACACGAAAGGGAUGUUGUCGCAAAAAUUCGUGACGACUGCACUGGCAAACUGGAAACAGCUAAAUUUAAACAUCCUUCUGUAUUUCUGAUCGAAAAUUACGACAUUGCAAAGUACGACUUCGGGAGGCUCGUUGAUACAUUACUGAACCAACUGCCUGAAAAAAAACGAGAAGCCUUGGCACUUUCUCUAACAGUUAUGACUAAGGAAGUUAUCCUAGCCAAAAAGAAUGCCCUAGGAAAAAGAAUCUUUGUCAUUUCUUUAGCAUCUGCGCUAGGUGGCGCGGUUCCUCUUCCGGGUUUAGGUGCAGCUAUUGAUACAGCUCUAAUAUUAGAAGAAACGGAAGAAUACAAGAGACAGUUUGGACUUACAGAAGAUGCUUUACUGAAACACAACCCGCAAUACGCAAAAAUGAUAAAAGACAAAUAUUUUCAAAAUGUAGCGCAAAUUGCCGCGACCAUCACAAUUGACGAAGCUGCUGAAAAUGCCGUUAAAUUCGGAAUACCGAUACUUGGUUCCAUUAUAUCCGGAACUGUUUCGUAUGGCGUCACUGUUACGAUGUUGUUGAAAAUUUUGGAUUCGAUGGCAGAUGACGCUCUCAGACUGAACGAAGAUAUGAUAACAAGUCUCUCGUCAUAUACUGAUGUGAAGUACUAUUACUGACAGAAAAGAAAUAGUAAGUCACUGAUGCUGCAACAACAUCGUAAAAAAGUAGUUAAUGAGAUGACAAGUAUAACUGUACAAUAGCUUGAUAAAUCCCAGGUGUUACUUUGGUCUAUUAAAUUUCAAGAUAGCGAUAUAAGUUACUUAGUUACUUACUGUAAUCUUGGAAAGCAUAAGUUCUUUAAUUUCCUGUGUUUACGUUUGUCCAAAAGCCAACAUUUAUAUUCAACUUUGCCAAAAAAGGAAUGAUGACAGAAUCAUAUUUUUCCUUAUACAUUGUAGGUAACUGGAUAGUUUUUAACCGAGUUAUAACAUGUUUUUUUAAUAUAUUUUCCAUAUAUCUUUUUUGUGUAUAUGCCUACAUAUACC